UUUUUUUAAACAUAAUGUGGAUAAUGUGGUUAAAAAUCUUAAAUAAUUUAUUUAUUUUUUUUUUUAUAGAACGAACAAUUAAUAGGAUUUGAUAUUCAAGUUCGUGGACCAUUUGAUAUUUCAGAUAGAAUUGGACUUAUAAGCGCUUCAAGCCCAGGAGAAAAAUUAAGUACACCAAUAUUAAGAAAGAGAGGUUCGACUGUACUCUCCUCCCCAACUUCUCUAAUGUCAUUUACAACAAAAAGUUCUUUACUUAACCCAAAUAGUUCGGAUGGAUGUUGGGAAGAAUUAUUUAUGAUUUGUUGGGGAACUGGCAUAACACCAAUGUUACAGUUGAUUAAAUAUCAUCUUAUACAUAUUAGUAAAAGUCAUGAUUAUGGACAAAGAGAUAGAAAAAUUAAUAUGUAUUUGUUAUUUGGUAAUAAACGUAUCGAAGAUAUUAUUGAUGGUAUAAGAUUAGAAGAGUACGCAUUAUUAAGUAGAGGAAUGCUUACGGUUAAUUUUAUACUCUUGGAACCUCCUAAAAAUUGGACGGAUUUAGAAGGAACGAUCACGCCAUCUAUAUUAAAAAAUUGGCUUAAAGUUACUACAUCUACAUCAACUACAUCACAUGAUAAAGAAUACGAUAUACCUAGACCUCCAACAAAAAUUGACAAUAUCAAUAUCAAUUCAUCUAAUUCAUCUCAAAUAAAUUCAUCACAACCACCAUCAUCAUCAUUAUCACAACAAAAUUUUAUUGAAAUAAUUGAUGAUUCAAUAUAUGAAAGUCCAACUGAAAUUCAUCAAAAUAUACGAUCAACACCUAUUUCCCAAUAUCGUCCAUUAAAUUAUCAACAAAACAAACAUGGUGAAAAAAUAUCUAUAACUAUUCCAACUAUUCCUGAAGAAUACGUGAAAAAGUUCCAAUCUAAGAUUGUAGUGUGUGGUCCAAUAGAAAUGAUGAUGACCGUUGAACAAACGUUAAUAGAAAUGGGUUACCAUUCUCAACAAGAUUAUAUUAUAUUAGUAUAGAAUAAUUAAUUAAUUAAUUAAUAAUGAACAUUUAAUUUAGUAUUUGACAAUUUUUUUUCAGAUCAAAAUAAUUGCAUCACAAAAUAUCACAAAUAAGAAUUUUAUUUUCAUCUUUAAAUAAUUUAACGUACUAU